UUAAAUGUCAAACCGCACAGUCAAAGAAUGUCUCGGUAGAGCGUCAACGUAUUCUAUUUUAAAAUUGGAAUAUUUAUCUUUUUUAAAUUCGGUGUGUCAAAGACAAUAGAACAGUGGGACGAAGUGGCUGGAAACAAAAUGUUUGGAAGCAGAAGUGUUUUCUUUUUUAGUCUAUUCGCGAUGGCAGCGAUUCUUGACGGCCAGACCUUGGAUGAUCUCUCCGGCCCAACCCAUGGCAAGGUGGUAGUCUGCUACGUGGCCACCUGGGCAGCCUACCGACCAGAACUGGGCAAGUUCGAACUGGACAAUCUGGACCCGGGGCUGUGCACGCAUCUGGUCUACUCUUUUGCUGGGCUGGAUGAACAUGCAAAUAUUAUUAAGAGUCUUGACCCCUGGCAAGACUUGGAGAAGGAUUACGGCAAGAAUGGAUUCAAACGGCUGGUGGCACUCAAGCAAAGAUACCCUCAUUUGAAGGUAACGAUAGCCAUCGGCGGGUGGAACGAGGGUUCCCUCAAGUACUCCCUGAUGGCCGAGGAUCCAGAAAAGAGGAGCAAGUUCGUCAAGAGCGUCAUGCUGUUCUUAGAUAUGUUCAAGUUCGACGGUCUGGAUCUCGACUGGGAGUACCCGGCGAGAAGAGAUGGCAGACCCAUAGACAAAGUCAACUAUGUCUCCUUGGUCAAAGAGCUCAAAGAAGCGUUCGAGCCCAAAGGCUACAUCCUCACAGCGGCCCUCGGGGCUGGUAAAGAGACUAUGGAUGCGGCAUAUGAGCUGUCCAAGCUCAGCAGAUACCUGGACUUCAUCCACAUGAUGUGCUACGACUACCACGGCACGUGGGACGGCGUGGUGGGCGCCAACGCGCCGCUGACGGGGCUCAGUGAGGAGGACGUGCUUAGCAUUGAAUACACAAUCAAGUACAUGCUGUCGCACGGAGUGAGUCCGUACAAGAUGGUGCUGGGUCUACCGAUGUACGGCAGGAGUUUCGUCCUGACCGACCCAAGCACUAAGGACAUCAUCUUCGGAAAGACUCCAGCCCAGAGCCAAGGGUUCAAGGGGCCUUACACGAGAGAGGCUGGGUUCUUGGGUUAUAACGAAAUUUGCAUGGAGAUGUCGAACUCUUCCUCCAAGUGGACGCAGCACUGGGACGCCGGGUCUCAAACCCCGUACCUCCGCGACGGGAGCCGCGUCAUCAGCUACGACAACGCCAGGUCCAUCGCUAUCAAAGUCAAAAUGGCAAUGGACUACGAGCUCGGCGGCCUGAUGGUGUGGAGCAUCGACACGGACGACUUCCUGGGCCGCUGCCAGCCGGAGUCGGACCCCUAUGUGGACUUCACCGAGCGCUUCCAGAGGAUACACAAGGAUCCUGUCAUGACGGUUGUGCUGGAGCGGCUUAAUUUGCCUGAUGGUACCCGCCGUGAAUACCUCAACCGCCGUUCUGCCUACGUCCUCGACAACGGCGUACUAAACCUGCGACUACCAGAGCGUCAGAAAACUAACUACGCUCUAAUGAGGACGAUCAACGAAGCCACCUCAUUGGCUAUCGAAGAGAAGAUGAUCCUGGACGAAAUGCACAAGGUGGAGAAAGAGAACGAGAUAGAUGUGACAGAGAGAGCGAAGCCUGGCGCUGGAGUGGUGACAAGCGCGAGUGCACUGACUGUAGUGAUGAGUUGCGUUGUGUUGGCUAGGAAUUGGUGAUGAGAUGGUUUGAUUAUGAGUGAUUCUGAAAGGUAA